AUGUCAAAUCAGAAUAAGAACAAUCUACCACCAUGGUAUAAUGGUGGGAACGAACCUGCAUCAGGAUGGACACCUAGUUGGAAUCAUGUAUCUAUGGAUCCUUCCAAUUCAAACAGUCGACAACAAACCCAACCGUCCUAUCAACCCCAGGAUAAUCCAAAUUGGUAUCCUGGUCAGAUCGAAACACCUACACACCCUUCCCGUGGAGGUCCCACACCUUCUCGGGCACCUACUCGACCACCCGCCCCACAGCCGUCUGACAGGCAACAGCUACAUGAGCAAUUACAGCAAUCACAAUAUUACGAUCAAGCUUUCUCACGCCCUCCAUCCGCUAACACGUCGACUGAGUCUCAGCUUCAACAGACCUCACUCUCAACAUCCACCCAGCCCUCACCUAAGACUAGCUCGGUCACUACCCAGCCCACGCCGGCCAAGACAGAAUCCACCCAUGCCGGUCACAGCGGGUCUUCAAAGCAGACGGAACGAAAGGGCGGGCCUGGGGAAGCAUCAGGCCAAAAGAGAAAGAGGAAAUCGCAAGCUGCAGCAGAAGUUGAUGAACAAUCGGCACCUUCGCCUUCGGAAGCUGAUAAGGAUAAGGAGAAAAGAACGAAAACGGGCAGAGCGUGUGAUGCAUGUCGGACCAAGAAGAUCCGUUGUGAUAUCUUGCCAUCGGGCGAUGAACCCUCUGGAUUGGAUUCUCAGCCAAUCUGCGCACAUUGUAAACAGAGCAAUCUAGAAUGUACUUUCUUCUUACCGAUUACAGAGACAAGAUUCAAGAAGAAACGUCAUACUGCGGACAAAUCCCAAGCUGCUUCGACGGACACGCAAACAAUAUCCACUGGUCUCGUUCCCAAUGGUUCGUUGACGCAGAAUUCAGGUGGUCCCGAUACGUAUGAAUAUGAGAAUAUGGGCGGUGGAGUUCUCAAAUCAGAUGAUAGAGGUGGUGGAAGGGUGGAAGGUCCUACGUCAAUCGCAUUUCUGCUCCGAACGACCAUACCCACUAUCCCUUCCGAGGCAUUUGAUCUUCGCCAUCAUAAUUCAUGGGAAGUACUGGAAGAUGGAAAUGGGUUGAUCAGAGUGAACGCCCCUCCCUCCCCUCCCUUACAUGCAGAUGCCGAUCCGUCCGAUCCCACUCGAGCACACAAUCGACUAAACAAACCUGUCUUAUCGGGUCAGACAAUGUCUUUGUUGGUCAACGCUUAUUUCAGCGAAGUAGCUCCCUUAUUCCCCAUCAUUUCCAGAGCUGAGUUCGCAGCUAAAACCCCUCCAAGUCCGCUCAUGCUUUACUCGAUUUGUGGACUUGGAGCCACGAGGAGACAAUUCCCCAGAGAGAUAUUUGCCGGUGUGAGAGGGGUGAUCAAUGGGUUACUUAGAAGUAAUGAUGUCCUGAGUGACGCUAAAAUCGAGAAUGUACAAGCUCUACUUCUGCUGGCCCAAGUAGGAGAUCUACAUGCUCAACCUACAGCUGCCACUGCAAGCGCUUCCCUAAUACGUACUGGCGCAGCGAUCCGCAUGGCACAAGAUCUAGGAUUACAUCGAGAAUCAGCAAUGCGUGCCCAAGGGGCGCAGGAUCUGGCGUACGUGGAACUCAGGAGGAGAGUAUGGGCAACUUGCGUUAUCAUGGAUAGGUGGUAUGGGGCAGCAUUAGGCAUACCGCUGUUGAUCGAUUUACUCGAUUGUGAUGUCCUCCUACCGGCGCCCUACGCCAUAUCAAGCUCGACCGAACCAUCUGAAUGGCCACUGGAACCCGACUUCAUGGCUCUCUCGGAACAUCUCAAAUUGUCGAUCCUCAUUGGGAGAGUAUUGAAGAUGAUAUACUCACCUACAGGGUUGAAACAUGCCACCGAUGCGCAAUUAGCAGGAUUGGUUAGCGAUAUGGAGAAAUGGAAAGAACAGUUACCUCAAGAACUACAGUUUCAAGGCAAAGAGAGCUCGCAUGUGGCGGGCUUGCUUCAUCUAGGCUAUACCGCUCUGCAAUUCCUAUUCUGGCGAGUAUUCAUGCGCAUCACCUACUCUUGUCCGCCCCACUUGACAUUCUGUGUCGAAAUUACGCAUUGGUCGAAAAUGAUCGCUUGGUCAAGAGCCGCCCUGGAAUGGCUAGAUGCCAAUGACGAUGCCCUCGAUACGCUCUUCAUCUUUCCUUACGCCGCAACAAGUUGUGCGCUCAUACAGUAUCAUACUUGGGCGAGAAGAGGGGAUAGCGUUGCGCUCAACACGCUCAAAUUGGUAAAGGAAACAGCAACGAGGUGGGAACAUGCCGUACAACCUGAUCAAAUGUCGAUUCGUCGGAAGACCUGCGAGACAAUGACACUAUUAUACGAAGCUGCCCUCAAGACCGAUCCCGAUAGUCAAGAGAAUCGAAUGGCACCUAAGAUACCUGCUAAUCCCACUGCUGGAGUCAUACCUAGACAAGGUGCAUUUAGUAAAUUGCAGUCCAGAAAGGACGAAAGUCUGAAAGGUGGUGGAGUAUUCGUAGCUGAAAGUGAGAAAGAACGACAUCUCAGUGGACUCAACCGGGGAGAUGUGGUACUCUCAUCGGACAUGGAUUCCGAGCAAGCUCAGGAUCUACAGGAUCAGGCUCAUGAUCGAGUUCAAACGCAUAAUGGACAAAUUGUCAAGGCGAAUGUAGUAGCAGAUCAACAGGCUCCUGAAGGACUACAGCAGGAUGUAUCACAAGCAAAGGACGCCAGUGUAAAGGAUGUACUUCAAGUUAUGCCUAAAGAGACUUACAAUGUCAAUCCACUCAUCAACCAAAAUGGAGCUAAUGGUAAUACCAGUAUGAAUUUCAAUCAGUCUGAUGAAGGUGGAAUGGCUUUAAGUGGAGGAAUGAUGGAUAUUACCAGACAGGCUCAACAAUAUCCUAUGCCAGAUUAUCCUACUCAACCUCACGAAUCGCAAGAAUACCAUUUUCACCAAAUACCAGGAUCGGGUGGUCAAGGAGGUAAACCUGAACAACAUGACACGCAAUUUCAAAAUGAACCUCAUCAUCAUCACCACCAGAUGUAUAGUGGACAUGGACCUGGGCAGGGGCCUGGAUCUGCACCGCAGUAUCAUCAGGAUUUACCUCAUGAACCACAUAACAAUAACAAGACGAAUGGAUAUUUCAAUGUCAACCCUUACCAUUCCAGUCAACAAGGACCAGGUCAUACAGGUCCACCCGAUAACAACAAUAACAGCAGCGGUAACUUCGAUCCAUCCUUUUUGGAUUCUUUACCUGUUAGUACAUUUGAUUGGGAAUCCUGGACGAAUUACUUUGACAAAUUCUUACCUGCUGCGAAUCAAAAUUUUGAAACUAUGCAGUGA